AUGUUUCAGUCAACAGUACUGAUGCUCGUUGGUAAUAAGACGGAUCUGGAACACCGUCGGGCAGUACGUAUAGAGAGGCACACAAAAUUUGCAAUGCAGCACGGUAUGUCGAGUCAUUACGUGUCCGCCAAAACUGGCGACAGCGUCACACUGAUGUUCAGGUUAAAUCCAUCAAUUUUUUUGCGUGUACAAAGAUGUCGGAAAAGCCUGCUGAUGGCAUGCAAACUGCCAGCCGGCGUUGAACACUAA